AUGUUCGAGUGUGAAUUAUGCAAAAAGAAAUUUUUAACCAAGAGAUACUUGACCGAGCACAUUCAUUUGCAUACGGGUGAAAAAUCUUUUGAAUGUGUCAUUUGCUAUAAAAAGUUAACUUCGAAACGGAACCUGAUCGACCACAAAAAGUUGCACACAGGUGAAAAACCUUUCGAGUGUGAAAUCUGCAAGAAAAAAUUCGUAACCAAAAGAUACUUGGCCCAGCACUGUAUUUUGCACACUGAGGGAAAGCCUCGGGAAAAGCUUUUCGAAUGUCAAAUUUGCCACAAGAAGUAUAGACAACAGCGAUACCUGAAGGAACAUCAAAAGUGGCAUACUGGUGUAGAUGUAUUCGAGUGUAAAUUUUGCGAAAAGAAAUUCCUAACGAUGAGAUACUUGAGCGAAGAACACAUGCUUUCGCACGAGGGUGGAAGAUCUUUCGAAUGUAACAUUUGCGAUAAAAAGUUGACUUCGAAACGGAACCUGGACGACCACAGAAAGUUGCACACUGGUAUGAAUCUUUUCGAGUGUGAAAUCUGCAAAAAAAAAUUCAUAACUAAGAGAUACUUCAACAAGCACUGUAUUUCGCACACCCUUGAAAAACCAUUAGAAUGUGAAGUUUGUUACAAAAAGUUCACUACGAAACGGAAUUUGAACAAGCACAGAAAGAUGCACACUGGUAACAAGAAGGUUAUCGUUCGCAAAAAAUUGUACACCGGUGGAAAAUCUUUGGAAAGCGAUAUUUCUCAUGAGGAGUGUUUUAGUGAAGAUGUUUCGGAUGUGCACAAUGAAUCACAAAAAGUGAAAAGUGAAUUUGACAGUGCUAUUGUCGAACAGGAAUUUAAGAUCGAAUUUGAACAAAAUGAUCUACAAUCAGACGAUCUAUCAGAACACUCAAACAUAAAACUUGAAUAUAAUUAA